GACUCUUCGGUUUGUUCUCAAGUAGUUGAUAUCAUUCCAAUUUAUUUCUAACAUAGGUAGCACAUUUGAUUUCAAUCGUACAGCAAAAUUAUAGCUAAUUGGCAAUCGCAACUUGGGAUGUGUGCUUCAUUGACACCAUUAAAUGCGUAACACUACCUAAGAAGUAAAAAAAAACACUACAUGCAUAUCAUGCAUGACCAAAUGCUAGCCAUUUGAUUUCAUCUACACACAGUGACAUUGUUCCUUUCCAAAAUUUCGUUGUAGGACAAAUCCAAAAGGCCAUAUGCGUGCUAAUAAUCUCGCUUAUCAAAAUUGUCAAAAUUUACUAUAAAUAGCGAAAUUGAUUCUAUUCACGUAUGUGAAAAUCGAUUAUAAGCCGUGUAUUUUCCAUCGCACAACAGAGUGAGAGAUCGGACCCAGUGAAAUCAAGUGCGAUGGUAUAAUUUUUGUUGUAUAAUACAAGUUGUUAUCAGGCAUAACGGCUAAGCUGUCAAAUCAAUUCAAAGUGACAUAACCUCGAAAAAGAGUACAUUGUAACAUUGACAUUUGACAAGUCGUGUAUUUAACAAUCAGACUUUAUUUAAAGUCAAUUCUAUCGCACAAAGUUGUUUUAAACUUUUCCGAAAAAAAAUAAAUUCGUCUAGUUAUUUUUGCCCAAAUAAAUUGAAUUUAUCGAAUAAAUUAAGCGCACAAAAUGUCACAACAAGCACCAAAAGUGGCUCAAAGCCUUGGCCAAAGGUUUUUCAAUAAUUUAAAAAGUAAAGAAUUCCGAGACUACUUGAUGAGCACGCAUUUCUGGGGUCCAGUCGCUAAUUGGGGUAUUCCGAUCGCUGCAUUGGCCGAUAUUCGCAAAGAUCCACAAAUCAUUAGUGGCAAAAUGACACUUGCUCUGACACUGUAUUCUGCUGUUUUUAUGCGAUUCGCCUGGAAAGUACAACCACGUAAUAUGCUAUUAUUCGCGUGUCAUUUUACAAACUUCUCUGCACAAGGAACUCAAGGAUUCAGAUUUAUAAAUUACAAUUAUUUAACAAACGACAAAUCGAAACAAUCUCAAUAAUAUUUAUCAUCAACUCACUGAUUUAGAUGUUAUAUUUAUUUUGUUACGAGAUUUUAAAAAAAAUUGUUUCCAUUAUUAUCCGUGCAAAUACAUAUAUUCGGUAGGUUCUUCUGUUUCUCUUAAUUUUGUCUCUUCCAAAAAUUCAAUUCAAUUUAUAGUGACUAUUUAAAUUCGCGACAUAAACAAUUGGAAUAUUUUAACGUUACAAAAUAUAUGGUAAAUUUACACUAUGAUUCAAUAAAAUUAAGUCGUUCCGUAGAAA